AUGCCCGACGGCGGGAGGGAGCGCUGGCGGCCCGGGCAGCCCAGCAAGCAAGCAGGAGGGGCAGCCGCAGAGGCGCAGAAGGGUGCCCAGCUGCUGAUCGACCUCAAGUACGCCAACGAACUGCCCAAACCCCCAGUGCCGAAGCUCCUGAAGGCGCUGCCCAGCGCCGAGAGGCUGUUCCAGUACCGGCCCACCUCGCUCGAGCUCGACCACCGCCCAUUCCUUCUGUCCGAGGAGGGGCUGCUGAAUCGCCUGGAGCUCGUCGACCCUGACGCGUACGGCGAGCCGGCUGCAAAGGGGUCUAUGCCGCCCCCACCAGCGCCCGUGGACGCGCAGCUGCUGCGCGACGACGACGUGGGGCAGGAUGUCAAAGAGGCUGAGCUCAAGCGUCGGCGGCUGACUGAGCGCACGGAGGCGUCGCACCGGCAGGCGUUCGGUUUGCAGUUGCCGCUGCUCAUCACAAACGAUGUGUUCACAGAGCGGCAGCGCCACACCACGGGCACCGAGGCGGCGGAGAAGAAGCUGGAGCGGCAUCCACCAGGCUUCGAGUCGGUGCAACAGUUGGCUGAUAAGAUAGAGCAGUCAUUCGCUGCCGCCAAGGAGGCGCCCGUGCAUCCCACCAAGCCUGGUUUGCGCGCCAAGCGCGUCUUGCCCAUCGUGCCAGACGCGGUUCUGUGGACGAAUCGUUACCGACAGGUAGUAUUCGACGAAGUGCCCGUGGAGCCGUCGAGGAACGAUUUGCUGUUCAAGACGACGCCCAACCCAAGGUCGACGUGUUUCGGUUUCUUCUCCCCAGUCGACGGCACGGAGCUUGGCUCCUACAGCCUCAUGCAGAAUUACGUGUGGAGCAACCGCGGUGAGUUCACCCGGCGCAGCGCGUGCGGGGAGGGCCAGGCAAUCUUGCUCUCCUUCCCCAAGGAAAAUCCUGCCGAGGAUGGCAAAGAGAGCGCGGCCGGUGAGGUCAGAUUCGUGCAAGUGCCGACGCUGAUGAGGUUGACGAAGCAGAAGGCCAUGCGUUUGGACCUGAAUCUCGACCUUCAGGCACUCAGCGUGAAGCACCGCGACCAGACCCCUGCUGAGAUAGAGGAGGAGGCCCCGGUGGCCCGGCAGGUGCUGGUGGACGAGCCGGAAGAGGUGGACAAGUCGGAGGCGAGCCUGGACUACAUCGACGGCCAGUGGGUCAUCCACCAGGACCCGCGGUCACAGGGCAAGUCCUCGGCCUCGAGGCCCACAGGGGCAGAGAGCAGCGCUUUCGGAAGCCAAGCCUUGCGGAGCGAGACUGGUGGCUCGGCCGGGUAG